AUGUCAAGCUCGCCAGAUACUCAGGUGGCUCAGGAUCCCACGAUAAUACCGGACAAGAGCGCUUCGCCCACGCCCAGGAAGAAAAAGACGAAAUCUUCCACUUUGUCCGAAGAACAGAAGAAGGUAUGUCCCGUUUCGAAUUUUUUAUCUGGAUAGGUUAUUCUCAUGUACUGACCCGGCUCAACUUAGGCACAUCACAUAGCGUCAGAGCAGAAGCGCAGGGAAAAUAUACGAGCGGAGUUUGACAAGAUUGUCUCGUUGACUCCCAAUUUGACUGAACUGGAGAAUCGGUCGGAGUUGAAUAUAUUGACCAAGAGUGCCGAUUUCAUUGACCAACUUAAGGAGGAAAAUGUCAAAUUGAUUGAAAUGUGUCGACAACGUGGCAUUCAAGUUCCUGAGGAGUUGGUAUAUAAAGGACCGCAGAAUGAUGGUAGUGAUAUUGCGAAAUAA